GAUGAGCCACUUAUUUUGACUUUGAUGAUAACAAAACGAAAAGGGUCAUCUCCUCCAACCACACCCACUCUUAACACUCGCACUGCAACUCUGUGCUCAAUGACUAUUGCUUGUAUUCAAUCUCUUUGUAAAGCCCCCACCUUUCUUCUCCCUUCAACUUUUCUGGGCUCCUCUUAUUUCUUGCAGAGUCCCCAAGCAUACCCAUUUCCAAGAAACAGAGACUCCAAGCGUUACAUAGACAGAAGGGUUGGCAAUAAAAAAGCAAGAGGUGGGAUUGUCUGUGGGGUGCUAUUUCCAAUUGACCCAUGGGCACCCAGCAUUGAUUCCCAGAGCAUAGCUUCACAGCUCUUUGCAGCUUCCUUGUUUCCCUAUCUUGGUUUCUUGUACUUCAUCACCAAAUCCAAGUCUGCCCCAAAGCUCACCCUUUUUGGGUUCUACUUCUUGCUAGCUUUUGUGGGGGCCACCAUCCCUGCUGGAAUUUAUGCAAAGGUGAAAUAUGGCACUUCAUUGGCGAAUGUCGAUUGGUUACAUGGUGGGGCUGAGGCACUUCUCACUCUAACCAACAUAUUCAUUGUGUUGGGGUUAAGAGGAGCCCUCAGAAAAGCUGAAGAUGCAAAAGCAAGAACAUCAACUCCUAUUUCAGGGUUGAAGGAGGAGAAGAAAACUUCUGUUUAGGUGCAGCAGACAGAUUUUGCUCUGGGUUCUUUCAUAUUGCGUUUUAUUUCUAUGUUAGAUUUUAGGUCCUUAACUCUUUUUCUUCUGCUUUGUUACAACCCACUAUUGCCUAUGCCUAAUAUCUCUGCGGUCAUGUUUUCCCCUGUUCUCCUGAGAAGCCAUAGUCUCUCAUUUACUGUAUGUAAAGUCGCAACAUUUCUGUUGUUUUUUCAGCUGAGUCUUGAAAUGUUGGGUAAUUGUCCAGUCUAGAGUCAUAUAUAUUGUUUAUAUUCCUUUUCUAUAUCUCUGUGUUUCUGUUAUGUGUUAUUUAAACAAGAACAUGACCUCCCAGUUCGAAUCUAUAAGUUUGUUUAUUUA